UGGUAUUGUGUAUUUAACUAACUUUAUGUAUUUUUGUAUUACAACAAUAUGUAGGUUAUUUCUGAGAAAAAUCGUGAAAAUAGAUCCAAACAAAAAUGGAAUCAUCGAAUGGGACCAGUUAGUUUUGAAUUAGUACGCGCUGAAUUGCGUGCAAAAAAAGAGGGCAAUGAAGAUCCAUCACAGUCUGAGAUGUUUGUUGUAACUCGUACUAACAAGAAAGGAGAAAUUGACUCGGGAACACAAGAGACGAUUGAACAUCUUCAAAAUUUGAAGCAAGCUGGAUACAGUGAUGAUGAAGCGCUUCAAACGGUGUUUGGAAAGGAGAGACAUGGUAGGGUUCGUUUCUAUGGUCGAUCAGUCACAAAAUCCUCUCUUAAAAAGGAUAAGCAAAUCCGACAAAUGCAACAACAACAUGCUGAAGUGGUUUCAACUAUGGAGAAAAAUCAAAAUAAUUUGACUUCCAAGUUGGAUGGUUUAACAAGCUUGAUCAAAAUGGUGUUGCAACAAGUUAAUCCUGGUAUGAGUGCGGAACAAGUGCAAGUAAUGAUAGAAGCUGCCCAACAAUCUCCGCCUGAUGCAAGUAGUGCACCAAAUGAUGCGAGGCGAAGCAUUCCUCCUUCACUGGGAUCGAACCAUGUGUCAAAAGAUAUGGAAGUAAGUACUGUCAAAAUGAGUAGUUAAAUUAAUAGUGGCUGAUUGCUUAAUAGUACCUGAUUGUUGUUGAUGUUAAUUUUAUUGUUGAUUUUAUUGGCUAAUUGGCUCCAUGAGCACGUGUUGAAUAGAAGGGUAAGAAACUAAUUACGAACUAAGAUGCAUAACCUACCAUUGUUUCUCUUCAGAAGGUAUAGAAAAAUAGAUAAAGCAAUAAUAAUAC